AUGGAAAGUACAGAAAUGGAAACGGCCCUGAGUCCCCGGCAGGCCUUGAAUGGCCACAGGGUGCUAAGAAUCCCCGGGUGUGCUUUUAAAAUGGGAACAUGGAACGUUAGAAGUAUAUACGAGGAUGGAAAGACGUACAACACAAUACAAGAAAUGGAAAGAAUGUCACUGGAUAUAUUAGGCGUUAGUGAGAUGAGAUGGAAGGGGAAAGGAGAAACGGGUUGGGAAAAACAUAAGAUUUAUUUUUCGGGAAAUUACGAUACGCACCACUGGAAUGGAGUUGGUUUCAUUGUAACGAAAGAGAUGGCAAAACACGUUAUUAAUUUUACCCCUUUGACUGAUAGGGUGGCUCUACUAAAGUUAAAUGGCCAUCCAUUCAAUUUAAACAUUAUCCAAGUAUAUGCGCCCACAGCCGAAAGCUCUGAUGACGCUAUAAAGUCGUUCUACUCUGACAUCAUGGAAUGUCUGAAGCUUACUAAAAAUCAUGACAUCAAUAUAAUUAUGGGAGACAUGAAUGCAAAGGUUGGACAGAGACCAAAAAACGACGUUGUGGGGUCAUUUGGACUGGGAAGUGGAAACGAGCGGGGCGACCGCCUGGUUGACUUUUGUCUGGAACACAACUAUGUGAUCACAAACACUUUCUUUCAAUUACCACCGCGCCGCUUGUACACAUGGAAGUCACCUAUGGAUAAACCGGGACAUAUAGUGCGCAACCAGAUUGAUUACAUUAUGGUAAAUAAGAGAUUUCGUAACAGCUUUACAUCUGUGAAAACGUACCCGGGAGCAGACGUGGGUUCAGACCAUAAUCCAGUGGUGGGGGUCUUAAGAAUUAAACUCGAAAAAGUUAAAAAAUGA